UCCUAUCGGAUUGCCGACUCUAGGGUUUCGAUGGCAGAGCUUCACGAUGAUGUCCUUCCGAAUAUACUGAAAAGAUUGAAUGUGAGGGAUCUAAUCCGAUGCAAAAGUGUAUGUAAGUCUUGGGAAAAUUUGAUCUCUGACUCUGGUUUCAUUAAAUUCCAUAUGAACUAUAGUUACCAAAUUGAUUACAAAAACAAUGAUAUAGAUAGGAGGAUUGUUAUGUCAAGGGUCUCUUAUCGCAACGGGUCGCGUGUUUGUGAUGUUGAUGACAGAUUAUUUGAUGAUCGUGAUUGUCAUCUUCUUGGUUCUUCCAAUGGACUUGUAUGCAUCUCUUCUUUUGCUUCUCAACUUGUAGUAGCUAAUCCCUCAACUAGAGAGGUUCAAACACUACAAGAGCCUCAAAUUCUUGAUACCAAGCAUUUAUGUUGGGGUUUUGGCUAUGAUUCAUCUACGGAUGAUUACAAGGUUGUAUUAGGGUUCCAUAAACGUGUUGGUUGGACAUGUUUUCAAGUGUUAAGUUUGAAAUCAAAUGUUUGGAAACUAAUUGGAGAAUUAAAAUAUUCGUUUCUUAGUAGGAUUGGUAUCUUAUGCGAUGGGCCACUUCAUUGGAUUAUGAAAGAUUCUUCAUCACCAAAUUAGAAGAGAGUCAUUGCUUCAUUUCGGCUAUCUGAAGAAAAAUUUAUCAAAAUUUCCGAACCUGAUGAUGAGCGAUAUGAAUCUGGUGUUGCUAGCUGCCCAAAUAUGAAUUUAGGUAUUAUCGAAAAUUGUUUAUGCGUAUUUCCUUGUG